AGUUCGGAGGGAGAGACGGAGGGCAAGUGUGUGUGUGCGAGAGAGAGAGAGGGAGGGAAAGAAAAAGACCCCUUUUACUGUGCGAGAUCUUAAGGGGGUUUGGAGAUCUGGUUAGCUUUCAAGAACAUCUGAAUCCUCUUAGAGCUCCCUGGCCCAGCUGUGUGUGUGUGUGUGUAUGCGAAAGGGAGAGAGAAAGAGAGGUUCCUGGUGCCCCUCCAAGCGCAUUAAGGACACUCGGGCCUUUUAAUUUUAGGAAUGAAUGCUGAUACUUGUGUUUCUUAUUGUGAUCCGGCUGCCAUGGAUUCCUACUACAACGCAGCCUCCCAGGGCACAGAAGGCUCCUCGCCUUUUAGGGCAUUUCAAGCAAGUGACAAGUUCAGCCCUACUUUCCUGGCCAGCAAAGGACAAGGCUUUGGUGACAGCAGCACUAAGUGCCGGAGCCGCUACAGCCAGCAGGAAUGCCAGUCCCUGGAUGGCAGCGUGCAGGCUCCCGGCUCUGCCGGGGCUCCGGCCUCCUUUAACAAAUACCCUCCGCAGCAGCAGCAACAGCAACAACCACCGCACCUCUACAUGCAGCGAGGUCCCUGCAAAACCCCCCCGGAGAGCAACCUCAAGCUGCAAGAGAGCAGCGGUCACAACGGAGCUCUGCAGGUCUCUUGUUACGGUAAGGAGAGCAGUUUGGGAGAGGCCGACUUGCAGCCGAGCUCCGACCCUUCGGGAAUGGACAGCAGCUACCUCAGCGUGAAGGAGGCUGGGGUGAAAGUGCCCCAGGACAGGGCCAGCACGGACCUCCCCAGCCCCAUGGACAAGGCUGACUCGGAGAGCAACAAGGGCAAAAAGCGGAGGAACCGCACCACCUUCACCAGUUACCAGCUGGAGGAGCUGGAGAAGGUCUUCCAGAAGACCCACUACCCAGACGUCUAUGCCAGGGAGCAGCUAGCCAUGAGGACAGACCUCACCGAGGCUCGUGUACAGGUGUGGUUUCAGAACCGGCGAGCGAAAUGGCGCAAGCGGGAGCGGUUCGGUCAGAUGCAGCAGGUCCGGACUCACUUCUCCACCGCCUACGAGCUGCCCCUGCUCACCCGUGCUGAGAACUACGCCCAGAUCCAGAACCCCUCCUGGAUCGGCAACAACGGAGCCGCCUCCCCCGUGCCCGCCUGCGUCGUUCCCUGCGAGACGGUGCCCUCCUGCAUGUCCCCCCAUGCUCAUCCCCACGCGGCCGGCGGCGUCUCUGAGUUUCUCGGCGUCUCCGGUCCCGGCAGCCACGUGGGACAGACUCACAUGGGCGGCCUCUUCGGCACGGCCGGGAUGAGCCCCGGCCUCAAUGGUUACGAGCUGAACAGCGAGCCGGACCGCAAGACCUCCAGCAUCGCUGCCCUGAGGAUGAAAGCGAAGGAGCACAGCGCCGCUAUCUCCUGGGCGACAUGACAGGGUUCCAGCCCAGCGCCCGCGAGAAACGGAGAGAGCACACGGGGACAGCCGAAUAAAUCCAUCCGCUUGGACUCCAGACAGCAGUUGCCUCCUCGGGGAUCUGAAUGCAGCACUUUUAGCUACCCUAGGCAUAUAAAGUACAUAUGUUAACGUAAGUGGAGUGUUUCCAGCGUGAACGCGGCAGCUUCUGGCUUCAUCGGAGCAGGUGGGGAGAGGGAGACUGUGGAGCAGCACCUCUUCCAGUGAGAUCUGGGAUGGGAUGUGUCCCCUCUCGCUGCUGCCUCCCCAAUAACCUGGGCAUUUUUUUCUCCCCGCUCCUUUUUCUGACACCAGAUCUGCCUUUCCAAAGAGCAAGAGCCCGCUGGCAUUUCAGUGGUUUCUCCCAUCCCACCCCCCCUCCCCCCCAAUUUGUCGACAGUGUUGCUCAGAUCUGUUCUGCCCUGGGCAGGGGACUGGAUGGGGACUCUGGCACCAGCAAAGAGCCACCUCUCAGGCUGCUCCCAUCCUCUUAGCAGGAGCCGUGACUUCCCACAGCUGAGUGGGGAAUAGGGCUGGGAAGAUACCCAAGGCUAGAAAGAAGGCAACAUUAGCCCACCUCCUUCUACCCUCCUUCCUCCCCGUCCUGCCGUCUGAGAUGAAGCCCAGAGCCGUAGAUGCCCGUGAAGGGGAAUGCCUCUCUUCCCAACACAGCACGGUUGGGAGUCUUUGCCAGCCCUCCGGUCGCCCAGCCGGAGAUAACAGCCCAGCAGACGACAGCUUCCCAGCACG